GGCCAGCCUGCCGGUGCGUACAGCUCGGCUGCUGCAGCGCUCGCGCACGCAGACGCCUUCAGAUGGCGGCGUCAGCGACGGCACCGCGUCGCCAGCGCCCGCGCCCGCCUCGCUCUUGCAGGAUGUGGUUGACAUCAAGACACUGCUGCUGCAGCUCAAGCGGGUCUUACAGGAGCCAGGGGAGGAGCAUCAUUCGAUGAGUAGCGAAACUCUCGACCCGUUGCUGGCGGCGUGCGCGGAGAGUCCCGCGCGCGGCAACGGGCGCCGCCCCCCCGCCUCGCCGCUGCACCCCGACACCUGUGCGGAAAUGCGACGGCAGAUACUCUACCUGCAGAGUCAGCUAGAGGAGCGGGACCGAUUGGUGCGCGUAUUGCAGCAACAGAUGCUGCGCAUGGCUGAGAGCCACGAGCCGCGCACCGACGACACCUGCAACGUCGCCACGCAGACCGACCGGUUGCGGCCGCCGAUGAGCACAGCACUAACGAGUUCUGAUAAUUCCGGAUUAGUGAGUUGGAAUGAACAAGCUAGCGCGAGGAAGCUGCCGUCUUAUAGUGAAGCACAAAAGACUAAAAGACCUGUUACCAACGGGACUGUUAAUAAAUGUCAGUGCGGUGCGAGAAAAGUGAACGGACUCGCCAACGGAGACGAGAACGGACAAACAGACAAACGGACGGACGCCGUGCAUCUCAAGACUAACAGCCGCGUCGGUUCCAAAUACUUGCAAGCGUUAGCUAACAAUGCAGAGACUAGGCGAUACGUCAAGCGGGACUCGUCUGUCGGCGAGAAAACGGAACGGAAACCCUUGAUCUACUCCAGCAGGUCGAGGUCGAUAGAGAACUUUCAGCACCAAUACACAGAGCCGAGGAUCACCAGGAACAUAGUGAUAGAGGAGACGCCUCUGAUAAAACAUCACACGUCGUACGGAGACCUAUAUAACGGCAGGAUCAGCAGCAAGGAGAGCGUCAACGGGAACAGACACAGUCCGAGCCUCAACGGGCAGUCUACGGACACUGACUACAGCUCGGACGGAGGGUACAAAUCACUUCCCUCCUCCAUAAACUGCAACACAGUAUCGCCCAAAAAGGUGAGCGGCAUACCUCGAAGGUCGAUCGAACAGAAAUUCCUCUCCACUAAACAGGUCAAAGCGAGUGCUAUCUGAACGUUUCCGUAAAUUGUUAGCCAGAUAUGUGAUAAGUUCGCGCCGAUCUCAUGAUAUCAAAGAAAACGAUGUAUUCGCAUGAAUACGAGCGCAUCAUAUAUGAGAGCUUCCCGUGUCGUUUGGACGGGUGUGUACUGUGGCUGUCGCGUGUCGUGCCAUCGGCGGUCGUGCGUGUGUCCGCGCGAGUGACUCCGGAGCAAA